UGUAGUUGGCUAUAUACGUUUGCCCCUUGUGCUGCAUUUGUUUUUGAAAGAGUGAAAGGCUUUGUUCCAAUUAGCAGAAAAGAAGACUAAAGUGGUUUUGCUAAUUCUAUUUGCGGUUUUGUCUAACUGCAAUUUCAAUUGGACAAAGUCUACUAAUUCCCCCUCGUUUUCAGUUUCCCUUCGCAUUGCAUAUUAGCAAAUCUGAAGACGAAAAAGAAAAAGAACCCUCUUAAUCUCGGCCACUGAUGCUCAUACAACCAUACUCAUCGCUUCUCAAAGGCCAAGGUUACGUUCCCUAAGGGGAUUGAGUAUAUGCAGAUUUAACAGCAAACGAGUGGGGAGAUAUCUGAUCAGCAAGAACAGAUAAUCACCGCAGAAAAAGGUUGGCCAGCUUCUCACAGCACACAAGUUUUUAGCAAAGGGGACCAUUUGGAAGCAUCAACAUCAUCACAUGUGUUUGUUAUGGCAGAAAGGAGGAGAUCAGCCAUCUUUCCUUCGGAUAGCACGACUUCCUCUUUGGCACCAAGCAAAAACAAAGCAAUACAAAAGAUAGCUACCAAGCUAUCAGUUUGCGUCAGCUUCAUGUGUUGGAGAAAAUCAAAUUCUUAUCUUUGGAUCACCAAACCAAUUCGAAAUCCAACGGACAACAUAAUCAAUUGCUGUGCAGAUAUUAUAUGGGCUGAAGCAAACUCAUCUGUGACAAAUCAUUCACUCACUUUACUACUAAUGAUGUGGGCACUAGGAACUUUUGAGAAUUGACUUUGGUGAUCAGAACUAGAAACACUUAGACUAAUUAUCAUAAUUAGAAAAAGCAUGUGCAUGUACUUUUCCAUGUACAAACUGCAGUAUUAUUUCACUCUCACAUGUAAAAGCAUAAUCUGAUGUCAUAAGCACAACACUACCAAACUACUUUACUUCCCAGAACGGUGCAUUAAAGCUCCCUCAAUGCACGGGGUUUGUGGAAUGAACUGACCACAAGGGCCUAUUGUAAGCAGUCUCACCGUACAUUUUUGCAAGAGGGUGUUUCCACGGCUUGAACCGCGACCACUUGGUCACAAGGCAGCAACUUUACAAGCUAUGCCAAGGCUCCCCUUCCACACUAUCAAACUACAUGCCACUAGAACAAUGCUUCAAUUUCAUCAUGUUAGGGUUGGUUAUAUGAAUCUUCAUCGACCAUGUCCCUACAUAUACGCUAUUAACUACACGAAAGAAAAGAAUAAGUAGAAGCGAAAUCUUUUCCGUUUUUUAACAAAAUGAAAUUAAGAAGAAUGAUCACUUGUACAGGUAUAAAGAAAAUGAACAUGUUAGAAUAUCCCAUAUUUGGUUGACGGAAGGAGUUGUUGUCCUUUAUUGUCUUGAGCAAUUUCUCAACUAAUCAUAAAGUUUUUGGGUCGAGUUAGACUCAAAGUGUCCAUCAUUAUUCUCGAUUUACCCAAUAUUGGUCCUCAGAUUAUGUUGUCCAUGCUUCAAACAAAAUACUACUACUACUAAGUUUAUCUUUAAGAAAUACAAAGAUUUGGGAAUAAAUCCACUAGCCUAUCUCUAAUAACAUGAAUUUGGAAUUUCAAAAGUUUUCUAUACUUUCUGUCCUCUUCAUUUUCCUCUUUUUUAUUUCUCUCUCUUUCUUUCUAUUUAAUUUGAGCUGUGAGAUGAAUGGACAUAAAGAAAUGUGGAAUUUGAUGAAGUGAGGGAACUGUAACUUAAAAUUGGUUUGGGUGUUAGUUUUAUUGUUUUAAUAUAAAGGAAUUAAUUAUAUUAUUAGUCAUAUCAUAGUAUUUCAUAAAAUUAAUUAAAAUUGUUUAAGCUGAGUACAAACCUUUGUCAAUGCACCCUUUUUUGUUGUACUUCCGAAAACAUUAUGCGUAAAAGAGUGAAUUGUAUGGUUUACAAUUAAAGUUUAUACAUCAAUUCUUAACAAUGGCUAAGUACUAUUCUUGUCAAAAGUUGAAAAACUUUUUCCGCAUAAAGUCUCCAGCCAUUUCAAGAACCAUUACAGCAUUGCCAUUUUCUACUUCCCCUUCCUUAACCACUGAAAUUCUCAAUGCCAAGAGCCGCGCCCAAGCAAUGGAUCUCUUCAACUCAGCAACCCAAAAAGAUCUUACACUACACUCAGCCAUCAUUCGUUACUUAAUAAAAUCAAGAUUCUAUCUUGACGCCAGGUAUUUGAUAAAAUGCCUCAUAGAAAAUCUUGGUCAAAAAAACAACCCCAGAAAGGUUUCUUCUUUAAUUUUCAAUGCUAUUGGUAAAAUGGAUUCUGGGUCAAGCUGUAAUGUGUUUGGGGUGUUGAUUAUUGCGUUAUCUGAAAUGGGUUUUGUUGAUGAUGCUUAUUGGGUGUACCAGAAGAUAGGAAAGUUACCACCUUUGCAUGCUUGUAAUGCGCUUUUAGAUGGGUUUGUGAAAAUUGGGAAGGUUGAAUUCAUGUGGGGUGUUUAUGGGAAUAUGAUUUCAUUUGGGUUGUGUCCUAGUGUAGUGACAUAUGGGGUGUUGAUUGAUGCAUGUUGUGUAAAAGGUGAGAUUUUGAAAGCGAAAAUGAUGUAUGAUGAGAUGGUUGAGAAAGGGAUACAACCAAAUGUUGUGAUAUACACGACUCUGAUACACGGGUAUUGUAAUGAGAAUUUGAUAAUUGAAGCUGAAAGCAUGUUUAGGAAAAUGCGGGAGAUUAGAGUUAUGCCUAAUAUUUUCACUUAUAAUACUCUAAUGGAUGGUUAUAGCAAGAUGGCGGAUGCUGGGAGAGCUUUUCAGCUUUAUCAAGAAAUGCUGAAUCGUGGAGUUCUUCCGAAUGUUGUUACUUUUGGUAUCUUGAUUGACAUGCUUUGCAAAGUAGGUGAAGUGAUAACAGCAAGAAAUUUGUUCGCAUGUAUGGUGAAGUUUGGUGUAAGUCCUAAUUUGAUUGUGUAUAAUUGUCUGAUUGAUGGCUGUUGUAAUUCGUAUGAUAUGUCGAGAGCACUAGAGAUGUAUUCUGAGAUGGAAAAGCUUGGUAUUUCUCCGGAUGUUGUGACAUAUGGUACGUUGAUAAAGGGUUAUUGUACUCUAGGGAAAGUGGAAGAAGCGGAGAGGUUUUUGCUGAAAAUGGAUGCAACAGGGGUGGUCGUAAACUCUGUGGUUUAUAAUCAGCUGAUUGAUAGGUAUUGCAAGGAUGGAAAUACAGAGAAGGCUUUAGCAUUGUGCUCUCAGAUGAUAGAGAAGGGUGUACAGACUGAUGUAGUCACCUUCUCUAUAUUGAUAGACGGUUUUGGCAAGGUAGGGGAUCUAGAAGCUGCAAUGGGUGUCUAUACUGAAAUGAUUAUUAAAGGCUUGAAGCCUGAUGUGGUUGCUUAUACAGCUUUGAUUGACGGACACUUCAAAAAAGGAAACACAAAAGCUGCUCUAAGGCUACAUAAGGAGAUGAUGGAGGCUGGAGUUGCUCCUAAUGCUUUGACUUUUACUUGUAUGGUUGAUGGAUUUCUCAAGAAUGGAAUGAUUAAUGAUGCAAUCAAUUUUUUCUUGAAAAUAAGCAGUUCUGGAUCUACCGGAGACUGCAGUAAUGGUGUUCUUUCUUUCCCUAACAAUGUUACUUACUCUGCAUUAAUCCAUGGUUUGAUCAAAGAUGGCCAGUAUUUCAAAGCCAAUAAGUUUUUCGUGGAUCUACGACGCAAUGGUCUGUAUCCAGAUUUACCCACUUAUGCCAUGAUGAUACAACGUCAUUUUGAGGCCAGGCACAUAACUCGUGUCAUGAUGCUAAAGGCAGAUAUGUUAAAGACUGGUUUUAUGCCUAAUUCUGGCAUGUACAAGGUCUUGCUCAAGGGCUACCAAGACAUUGUUGAUCUCAGUUCAACUCGUAAAUGUUAUGAGGAAUUAAAUUCAGGUCUGGUUUGUUCCGGAGCAUCUAAUGCAAAGCCUCCAGGAUCAUGUAAAUAGCAGUGCCCUGUUGACGUAACUAAUUAUUAUGUUAGAGGCAUCCUUGUCUGCACUAUUCAGUAUCUUCUGAGUAGCACCAAGCCUUUGAUUCAUGCUGAUUAGAUGAGCCUCUCUAGGGAGCUAUCGACUUUGCAAUUAGGUUAAAAUUGCGAAGAGCAACUGAAGUGAGCAACGUCAAACUUCUGGAUUGGAGCAUCACUUGGGCUUAAGUGUCCCCUCGGAUUACAACAAUAUCCUACAGAGGCUACGGCAGGGGAUGACUGUGGAUAAGCUGGACGCGGCAUUCAAAGAGAUAUCAGAAAUCUGAUGCCAUGGACUAGCAUGCACAACCAGUAAGAGGCAGGAAAUGCAGAAUUUUAUUUCACUGCAGGCACAUGAUUGCGAGCCUCCUGGCCUAAAUUGUGUUUUGUUCAAACAUAAAUCGUGUUUGGCAUUACAAUCAAGGAGAAAUCCAUAAAUCUUGAUGAUACUUCAUAGCUGCAAAAAGUGCCAAAGCAUUGCAAGUUAAUAAACAAACUGUUAUUCAAGUUUGUGCAGCUAGAGCUGAUUUGGAAGCUAAGCCUGCAUGGAUGUAUAUUUAUUUCGUCCACUUACGGUUUGUUUGGAUGGUGGUUUGUCGUGCUUUCAAACAAUACAAUGUUUGGAUAGACGGUAUCGUUCACUGCUGUUUAAUGAUAAUUUUGUUGUUUGGUUUGACAGUAUGAUACUGUAUUGUAAAAUUUUAAGUUUACUAAAAUAUCCUUAAUUAUUAUAAAUGUUAAAUUUAUCAA